CAAUAAUUAAUUUUUUCAAAAAACUUAAUGAAAAUAUCUGAUCUAAUUAAAUUCACCACUGGUUUCAAAAUUUUUAGAGGUAUUCGGUUUCAUAAAAAUGCAAUCCUGGGCAUACCAACUACGUGACCCGAACAUCGCAGUUUGCUUCGUAAGUUCGUGGUCAAGAAAUUGUGUUGAUGUGCGAAAAACGUGUGGAAAAUUGUUUAAAAAAUAUGUAAAAGACAAAAACUUAGUAUAUGAGUUUAGAAAAAAGUGUAUAGACUAAUUUUAUACUAAGGAUUCUAAAAUAACUAUUCUCUCGGGGCAAUAAACUGUUGUAGUAUUUUGCGCCACUGAAUCAGCAGCGGCACAAAAACGAAAACAAUUCAAUGCAGCAGCAGAGGUCGUAGCAGAAGUUAUAGCAACGCAGCGCAUACGUACGGCAUCAUAGGGCCAUAGCAGCCGCAAGUGCAUUAAAAAAUUCUCGUAGAAAAAAGUUCAGCUGCAAUUAUUGGUGGGGAGAAAAUCCCAAAUAUAUGUUAUAGUUAGUUCAAUCUAUUUUUUGCGCAAGUAAUUACAAAGAACUGUGGUUGUAUUGCAUGUGGCAUUUUUAUUUGGUAAGUGGAGGUGUCAAACGGGUAGUGAAUUGUUUUAUAUCGUGCUAACGCUCACGUCCGAGUUCCCGAUAUUGGCGCUUUGAAAAACUACGCAGUGAAAAGCGCAGCAGCAGAAAGAAAUACGGGCCGAGAAAAAAGAAACGUAGUGGCGGUAAACUCAUCGAUUUUUUGUUCUUAACUUUCGUACGGCUUGCGUGUAUAUUUACAAAUUAUAAAAUUUACCUAUGAGAAAGGUAAAAGAGUAAACAGCUAUCGUUAUAAAUGCUAUAACGAAAAAACAAAUGGAAAAUAUAGAAACUAUAAAUACAAAGGCUAUAACCAUGCAAUGUGGAAACAUUGAAAGUGGCGCUAAAAUUACUGUGCCGCUACAGGAAAACAAAGAAAAAUCAACACAGGUGAAAUUGCAAGAACCUGUAAACGGACAGCUAAAUAUUGCAAACAAUGGUAUAAAGAAUAUAACAGUUGAAAAUGUUGUGCAAGGUGCAGCGGAAGAGCAACAAAAUUCAAUGGCAGUAAAAAACGAUACACAACCACUGCUAACAGGAAGUUCAGAAGUUGAUAUGAGAAGUCGCAUUGAAAAAGAAAAAAAUCAUAAAAAGAAAAAGAAAGAAAAGAAUCGUGAACGUGACCAGGAAAAAGAUAAAGAACGUAAUCGGAAUCGUGAUCGAGAUAGAGAGCGUGACAGGGAUCGUGAUAAGGCCCGAGACCGUAACAAGGAAAAAAUACGUGAUAAAGAUAGAGAUCGUGCACGAGACCGCAAUCGGGAUAAAAACUCUACGAAAGAACGUUCCAGCAAAGAACACAGUUCGCACUCGAGAUCUCAUAAUUCUUCCGGAAGUAACAGUGAUAAAACUAAAGAAGGCAGCAAUAAACUCGAGAAACCUAAGCCUACCACAUCGUCCAGUGUAUUAUCUAAACGUGAAAAAGAGAAAGAUAAGCCAUUCUCAGCAACAUCUUCGGUAAGUUCCUUGAACGAGCAUAGGCGGCGAAGUUCAGAUAGUAGUCGUGGAAGUCACACCAGUUGUACAAAAUCAAACAGUCGAACAAAUAGCAUUGUGGGUGGAAAAGAAUUUAUCCUCAAAUCCCAAGAAAAGUCAUCAUCUACAAAAAUCGAAGCAGAAAAAAAUAAUUCAAUGCUAAUUGAAACAGAAAAAAACACUCCGCCAAUAGGGAAUACAAUCAAAAUGGAAAUGAAACAACCUGAAAACAAAUUUAUUGAAGUGCUCCCACAUAACAACAAAAUGGAUAAUGAACUUAAUCCAACAAAAACAACUGAAGUAAUACCUAAUAAUAUCAAAAUCGAAAAAUCGGUAGAAGUAAUAGACGAUAAAAAGGAUUCUUCUGAGUUCGUAGCUUCAAAUGAUGAUGUUGCUACAUAUAAAUUACCUAACGGUAUCGGCGAGAUAAAUUCCAAUAUCAUUCAAACUGAAAAAUCAAUAUCACCUUUAAAAACUGAUAUAACUGUGAUAGAAAAAGUUAAAACCGAAUACAAUGGGAAUGCUAUGGGUGGGGUCUCAGGUGGCGAUGACAUAACUUAUAGCUCUGUAGUAAAAACUCGCGACGAUGUUUCACGUCAGCUGAUUUUUAGCAAUGAACCAAUUACGAGUGCUGCAACAAAAGAGUCUAAAGCUGAAAAAACGAAUGAUAGUAGCUUCAUCUCACAUGCAUUAAAAACCACGCCGAUAUCAAAACCAUCUAGUAGCAGUGUACAUUCAUCGACUAUAACUUCAAGCAAUUCGAGUGCACGAAAAUCCUCCUCAUCAAACAGUAGUUACCAUCGCAAAAAUUCAACGUCAUCAUCAACCUCAACUACGAAGCAUUCAUCUUCGUCAACUUCAGCAUCGGCGUCUACAUCGACAUCAUCAUCUUCGCGCAGCCGCGAUUGUUCUAAAUGCUACAAACGUUCAAAGAUACGCCGUGCUAGUAUUGGAACACAAUUUCACCAUAGUGAACCAUUUUCUGUAACUACGCCCCGAAGGCGGCUUGAACGUCCACCACAAGGGUUGGAACACUUAAAAUAUGGACGAUUAUUUGAAGUGGACGUGCAUCCAAAUGGUGGCGCUUCCGUAGUACAUUUGUAUCAGGACGAGUUGAACCAAUUAACGCCGGAACAAAUGGAGGAGUUGGUGGAGGAGUUCUUCAAUGUUUGCUUUGCAGAAGAUGAUCAGGGAUAUGCCUUGCAUGUUAUGGGAAUAGUGCAUGACGCUGCACGUUACAUACCCGAUCUAUUGGAACACAUGGCAGAGAAUUACUCAACGUUGACGGUAAAAGCUGGUGUUCUGGGGAGAAAUUCCGAUAUUGAAACCUGUACAAUGUCGCAAUACAAUGAGCAGGUGGUACGAAAUUAUUCUCAAGGAACAUUUCGUUAUGGACCAUUACAUCAAAUAAGUUUAGUUGGCAAGGUGCACGAGGAGGUUGGUGGAUAUUUUCCCGAUUUGUUGGGUCGUAUUGAGUCGAAUCCAUUUCUUAAGAAGACCAUGCCUUGGGGAUCAUAUUCGAUUUUGCAAACUGAUCCUCGUCUUUCGAAUGAUGGUCCAAUAUUGUGGGUGCGCGCGGGAGAGCAAUUAGUGCCUACAGCUGAACUGAAUAGUAAAACGCCAAUGAAACGCCAACGUACACGCAUAAAUGAGCUACGCAAUCUACAGUAUCUUCCACGAUUGUCGGAAGCACGGGAGACCAUGAUUGAAGAUCGCACCAAAGCGCAUGCAGAUCAUGUUGGACAUGGUCACGAACGCAAUACCACGGCUGCUGUGGGUAUACUUAAAGCGGUACAUUGUGGCCAACCAUAUAAUAGCAAUCGUAUCACUAAAGACGUGGUGGCGUUUGCCGCUCAAGAUUUCAACUACUUGGUAGAGGUUCUACAGCUCGAUUUGCAUGAACCCCCAAUAUCGCAAUGUGUGCAGUGGAUUGAGGAUGCAAAACUAAAUCAAUUGCGCCGUGAGGGCAUUCGUUACUCUCGCAUACAGCUAUGUGAUAAUGACAUAUACUUUUUGCCAAGAAAUAUCAUACAUCAAUUUCGGACGGUUACAGCAGUUACCAGUAUUGCUUGGCACUUACGUUUGCGUCAGUAUUAUCCAGGUCAGGAGGUAAUCAAUGAAAAGAAUAAUCCAGUGUUAGCAGAGCCACCUCACUAUAAAGAGAAGCAGACGUUGCUGCCUCAUCCAAUAUCGCAUGAUGAGCAUCAUGGCGGCAAGCGCACGCCAUGUAAACGGUCUCAUGAUGGUAAAGCAAAGAAGACAAAACUAAUUGACAUCGAUGGCAAAGAACGACGGUCCAGUGAGAGUGGCACGGAGGACUCAAAUUCGAAGGAUGGCUCUGAAUGUGGGUCCACAACAAGCCGUAAACGGAAAGCCGUUCGUGACGAUGCCAGAAUCGAUAUGCGCAAAAUGGUGUUGGAACAUAAGUUACAUAAGUCAAUGGCGGCAAGUAAUGAAGACGAAAAUGUGCCCACCACUACGAAGAUCGACAGUAGCAGCGCGAGCAACACUAGCGUUACUACAGCGGAUGCUUCGACUGCUGAGAAGCACUUGAAAAAGCGUAAAGAGUCCAAGGAUACAACAUCUAAUACAGAGGCUAUGAAACAAGAACGACGAAGCAGCACGAACAAUAUCAGCAGUUGUUUGACGCAUAAAUUUAACUCUAAUGGCGACAUACCAAAUGAUACACAACCCAAAAAUAUUUUUUUAAACUCAGUAGCAAAAUCUCAAACACCAACUAGUACACCAAGUGCACAAAAUGUGAAAAAAUCAAACACCGAAAUACUAAAGGUAAUGACACCUCAAACGCCAACAAUUUUAACGACAGCAACGGUUGCGUCCACGUCAUCCGCUUCACAAAAGAUACCCAAACUGCCGGAGCCGACAGUGCCUGCAACACCCUUGCCACUUGUGCCUCAAACGCCCUUUACACAUCGUGAGGCUUACGUUAACAGCCUGAAUCAAAAGGAACCCGAGAUCAAAAUUCAAGUACAAAUAAUAUCCGAUGAGCCUUCUGCUCUCUCCUCAUCCACCACCGCUUCUGCUAUCACCAACGCUCCCAACAUCAAGACCGCAAAAUCAACGCUUCAAACACAAUCACCAUCACCGCUGCCGCCACAAAUGCCUCAGUCGGUGCAAUCAGUGCCGACUAACGUAACACGCCCCACGAACUAUGCAACCGAGACCUUGUUUAACGCAGGCGUAACAACAGUGGCACAAAGCACACUACCUGCUCAAACCACGGACCACGUGAAUAUACUUUCAGUUAUAACUGAGCCUGCAACACUUUGUCAACCACAACUGGUGGUCGACCAUGAAGAAGAGGUAACAGUCUCCGAAGAACUCAGAGAAGAUGUAACACAGCCCACAACAGUAGCAGCAGUUUCGGCGUUACCGAUCGUGACAGCAAAAGCGGGAGCGACCUUCCCGCCAUUGCCACCUGAAAUAGCGCCAGCUUUACCACCGCCGCCACCAAUAGUGCAACUGGAAAACAAAACAAUAUUGUUAGGUACAUCCCUGGCAGGCACCAGCAAUCAUCAAACGACGCGAACAGUAGUAAUAGUGCCGCAGGCGUCACUUAAAAUGAAGAGCAAUAACAGUAGCGUCAACGUACGAGUGACAUCUACUGCCACUACGGAGCAACAACAAGUUGAAAGGAAGUCACACCACAAAAUAAUGAAGGUUGGAGCAAUAAGCAAACCGGCGAACGCUGCCCCAGCUGAUCUGGUCAGCUCAAUCAUGGCCAGUAUGGAUAACAGUAAUGCGGCAGCUACAUCGGCAACAAACACACACAACUACUCAUCAUCGUUACACUAAAGCGUCUCGCUACAGCAGGCAGGAACUUUUCCACUCAGAAUGUCAACAUGGAAAGCGUUAUUAUUGUGUGUUUGAGCAGCUGAAGCGCUGAGCAGUAGUUAAAAAAAAUAUAGUUUCGCCAUACUUACCGAUCCACACAGGGUCAGAUCCUCGAAAUAAUAGCCCUUGGCUGGAAAAAAUCCGGCUAAAUUCCGGUAACGUAGAACCGGCUGUUGUGGGAAUUGAUUCACAUGCUUAGUGCUUAUCUGGCAAACCAAUAAGUGUAUACACAAACUACACAUAACAAAACAAACAAAAACAAUUAUUGUUACAAUUUGCAGCCUAUUUGUAAAUAUUAUAUAUUUUUUUCUUUUGGAAAACUCUUCACAUAUACAUAUACUAUGCCAACAUAUUUAUGAAUAGUUUAGCUUGCAUUGUAAGAUACUAGCUUUCCUUAAUUUAUUUACGCGCACUUCAUGUGAAUUGCCAUACAUUGCAGCUACACGCAAUACUGCACAUUAUGAGCGCUUGCGCAGCGAGGAGAAUGUGGAUUAUUAAAUUGCAAAGAUGUAUCUAAUUUAUUUUGGAUUCAAAAGUUUAUGUUUCAAUGGAGUUUGAAUAAAGACAUCAGUAAAAAGCAAAUAACGCAAGCACACGCUUAGCAUGCAGUGCAAUGAGCAGCAACACUUCCGAGGCAAACAAAUCUGCAAGUCCAGUUGAACGUUGAAAACUUAGAAACGGUAUAUAUACAUAUAUUGAGAUUGCGUGUGAUUUAAGAAAUUUUAAAUUCCUCUCUGGAUAUUUGGCAAGCGAAUUUCAUAUUUAGGAAUAACAGUAAUGGUUAAUUACAAAGUGUUGCAUCGGCCACUGAACAAGUGCGUACUUACACAUCUACAUGAAUAUAUAUGCAGAGAAUAUCUCCUGAUUUUUUUUCUCGUAAUAUGUAAACAUGCACACUUGCACCAAGUUAAAGUCACAUACAGUACAUGCAGACCAUGUAAAAAUAAUAAAUUGUUUAUGGUAUUUGCGUUACUUAGGCAAAGGCUUCUUAAGUCGCUACUGCAUGACCUACAUACUUAUGUAUUUUAAGCCUUUUAAAUUGUUGUUAAAAUGUAUUAGCUGCUUGAAACCAUGAGGACAUCAUAUUUUGUU